CUGAAAAGAUUACUUCACACCUCCCUGCUGGCAGGUGGCCCUCCCCAGGGACUGUAAGAGGAGCCAGGGUGCUGCUACUUAUAGCAGCCCUCACGCCACUCUCGCGGACAGCUGCUGAUUUUGGAGUCACUUUAGAGGAAGAAAAGAAGGGCUGGUCACUGCACAAACGACAUAACAAUGUCCAACUCGGAUUACCUUCCAGACUACCCACUCAACUCAGAUUUAGUGAAGAGAUUAAAGUCUGCCCUGGAUGCCAAAGAUGAGGAGAGAGUGGGAGAUUUAAUCUGCACUGAAGUCACGCCUGUGGACGCCGUGAUAGAACUGGCCAAUGACGACUGGAUGAAAGACCCCUCGGCUCAGCUGCCCCCCGGCAUGCUGCUAGGGGACCUGGAGCAUCUGAAGCUCCUCAUGGACCAGUUCUUCCAGGAUGCCAAUGUGGUGUUUGAGAUCAAUAAGGAUGAGAUGGAAUGGCAGGUGAAAUCUCCAGCCACGUUUGGACUGUCAGGCCUCUGGACCCUGGAAUACAAGCGCGAGCUCACCACGCCCCUGUGCAUCGCCGCGGCCCACGGCCACGCCGCCUGCGUGCGAUACCUGCUCGGCCGCGGCGCAGACCCCGACGCCAGCCCCGGCGGCCGCGGCGCCCUGCACGAGGCCUGCCUCGGGGGCCACACCGCCUGCGCCCGCCUGCUCCUGCAGCACCGCGCCGACCCCGACCUGCUCAGCGCCGAGGGCCUGGCGCCUCUGCACCUCUGCCGCACGGUCGCCUCGCUCGGGUGCGCACAGGCGCUGCUGGAGCACGGGGCCUCGGUGCAGCGCGUGGGCGGCAAGGGCCGGGACACGCCGCUGCACGUGGCGGCGCAGUGCGGCCUGGACGAGCACGCGCGCCUCUACCUGGACCGCGGGGCGUACGUGGACGCGAGGAACGGCUGCGGGGAGACGGCCCUAAGCGUGGCCUGCGGGGCGGCGCGGAGACCCGAUGAGCACGGGCGCUGCCUGCGCCUGUGCGCGCUGCUGCUGCGGCACGGGGCGGAGGCGGACGCGCGCGACGAGGACGAGCGCAGCCCACUGCACAAGGCCUGCGGCCACGCGAGCCACAGCCUGGCGCGCCUCCUGCUGCGGCACGGCGCCGACGCGGGCGCGCUCGACUAUGGCGGGGCCUCACCGCUGGCCCGCGUGCUGCAGACUGCAGCCUGCGCGCUCCAGGCUGCACCGCAGCGCACGGUGCAGGCGCUGUUCAACCACGGCUCGCCCACUGUGUGGCCCGACGCCUUCCCCAAGGUGCUGAAGACCUGCGCAUCGGUCCCCGCGGUCGUCGAGGUGCUUUUCAACUCCUACCCUCAGCUCUGCGUGUCAGAGUCCUGGAAGGAACUGAUUCCUGAGGAAGUAUUCCAGAUGCACAAGCCAUUCUACCAGUCCCUCUUUGCCUUGGCCCACACCCCACGCUGCCUGCAGCAUCUUUGCCGCUGUGCCCUUCGCAGACUGUUUGGCAAAAGGUGCUUUGACCUCAUCCCCCUGUUACCCUUGCCAAAGCCCCUGCAGAAUUAUGUACUUUUAGAACCACAGGGUGUUUUGCACUGAAACAACACUGCAACCAAUGCUGCUGUUCUCCUCGCUGCCCUUCUGUGGAGGCUGUGUGUUGAGGAGAGCACUCUGGUGAAGAUGGAGGUGAUGGCAGUUCCCUUCCCAAGUGCUCUCCAUGGGACCGGGUGAAGCACAGACCUUGCCAAGCUGCAGGUUCACCUCGAAAUGGAAUUGGCAACAAAAGCCCUUUCUGCCUCUCAGGGUCGCCUGUGAAAAUCCAGUGAAAUCGUGACUAUCACAGCACCUGGUCUUGGAAAGUACCUUUCAACAACAGUUAAGCCAAAAGGUACAGUGAGUCCUCACUUAAGGUCUUCGAUAGGUUUUGGGAAUCAGCUUUAAGCGAAAUGAUGUAUAACAAAGCCAGUUUUCCCAAGGUUAAUUGAUAUAAACAAGAGUAACGUUCCCACAGCGUAUUUCUGGUCACAAAAAGAUUGCCACACUUCUAAAUAAAGACCAAUACAGUUCUAAUAGUAAACAUUGAAAUAAAUGCAAGCUACGCAUACCCUUAAGAGAUUAAUAACAAGUAAGAUAAUUAUUUGCCCAAUUUGUAGUGAAUCAGUAAGUGAUGGUGUUUGUCCUGCUCGUGGGUUAGAUCAAGGAAUAAAUGUUUGCAAAACGAACCUUGUCAGGAGCACCUCCUGCCACCACGAAGUUCACAACAGUCACCAAUGUGGCAGGCUUGCUAGGCCCUCUCAUACCGCAUCAUUUAUUGUCAUGCAUUUGGAUGAUUACUGUAUGCCUUAUGAAUUUUUACUUUACAAUAAUUUGUAUUCAUUCAUUCGUAUUCUAACGUGCUUAUUCUAGUUCAGGGUCAUGGGUGGCCAGAGGCCACCCCAGCAACUCAGUGUGCAGGGCAGGAACCAGGCCUGGACGGGGUGCUGUUCCAUUGCAGGGUGCUCACACACCCCCACACCCACCCACACACACACACUGGGGCAAUUCAGACACCCCAGCUCACCUCACCUGCUCAGCUUUGGGAUGUGGGAGGGAACCGGAACACCCAGAAAAAACCCACACAGACAGUGGCCCUGACUAGGAAUCAGUUUUGUUUCUCAUCAGUGUUAUAAUAAAAUGACGUUAAACAAAACAUUAUUUAAGGACCUGCUGUAUACAUAUUUUUCCAAUGUGGUAGCAGCC